AUGGCAAUGGUAGUUAGCAGCUGGCGAGAUCCGCAGGACGACGUGGCCGGGGGCAACCCCGGCGGCCCCAACCCCGCAGCGCAGGCGGCCCGCGGCGGCGGCGGCGGCGGCGCAGGCGAGCAGCAGCAGCAGGCGGGCUCGGGCGCGCCGCACACGCCGCAAACGCCGGGCCAGCCGGGAGCGCCCGCCACCCCUGGCACGGCGGGGGACAAGGGCCAGGGCCCGCCAGGUUCGGGCCAGAGCCAGCAGCACAUCGAGUGCGUGGUGUGCGGGGACAAGUCGAGCGGCAAGCACUACGGCCAAUUCACCUGCGAGGGCUGCAAAAGUUUCUUCAAGAGGAGCGUCCGCAGGAACUUAACUUACACAUGCCGUGCCAACAGGAACUGUCCCAUCGACCAGCACCACCGCAACCAGUGCCAAUACUGCCGCCUCAAGAAGUGCCUCAAAGUGGGCAUGAGGCGAGAAGCGGUUCAGCGAGGAAGAAUGCCUCCAACCCAGCCCAAUCCAGGCCAGUACGCACUCACCAACGGGGACCCCCUCAACGGCCACUGCUACCUGUCCGGCUACAUCUCGCUGCUGCUGCGCGCGGAGCCCUACCCCACGUCGCGCUACGGCAGCCAGUGCAUGCAGCCCAACAACAUCAUGGGCAUCGAGAACAUCUGCGAGCUGGCCGCGCGCCUGCUCUUCAGCGCCGUCGAGUGGGCCCGCAACAUCCCCUUCUUCCCGGAUCUGCAGAUCACCGACCAGGUGUCCCUGCUACGCCUCACCUGGAGCGAGCUGUUCGUGCUCAACGCGGCCCAGUGCUCCAUGCCGCUGCACGUGGCGCCGCUGCUGGCCGCCGCCGGCCUGCACGCCUCGCCCAUGUCCGCCGACCGCGUCGUGGCCUUCAUGGACCACAUCCGCAUCUUCCAGGAGCAGGUGGAGAAGCUCAAGGCGCUGCACGUCGACUCGGCCGAGUACAGCUGCCUCAAAGCCAUCGUGCUGUUCACGUCAGACGCCUGUGGCCUGUCGGAUGCCGCCCACAUCGAGAGCCUGCAGGAGAAGUCGCAGUGCGCGCUGGAGGAGUACGUGAGGAGCCAGUACCCCAACCAGCCCAGCCGCUUCGGCAAACUGCUGCUGCGACUGCCCUCGCUGCGCACCGUGUCCUCCUCCGUCAUCGAGCAGCUCUUCUUCGUCCGUUUGGUAGGUAAAACCCCCAUCGAAACUCUCAUCCGCGAUAUGUUACUGUCUGGGAGCAGCUUCAACUGGCCUUACAUGUCCAUCCAGUGCUCCUAGACCUUGGGCGCUUCCCGCCUGGCCCCCG